CGCCGCAAGGGCUGUCAACCACUCCUGUCCCGAUGACGACGGGGAACCACGGUUGCCAGGCUGCAAGGCCUAUAAGGCUGCCAUGAUGCCCUCUCGUUUCGGAGGCAUGGAUGAGUCGAUAUCCAGUUCACUGCAUGACCGGUGUAGUGCCUAAUUACUUUACUCAUUCUCUCUUGGUCUCCAUCUCCAUCUCUCUAUCUCUCGCUCGCAGUCUAGCUUGCUUCGGUCUCGUUAGUCGCUUCUUUUUUAUUCCUUCCUUAGGUUGGCCUUGCUUGCCUGGGCUUGUCCUUUUCGGCCGGUGGCCUCGAAACCCUUAUUGCUCUCAUAUAUUUCCUUGUUUGGCACGUCUGUUCGAGCUCUUGACUUCUCCGUUUGUGCUCUUCACAAGCCUGUCUGCAUAAGAACAUCACAUCACCCCGGACACCCAGUCGACCAUCGUUUCGUUGUUGGAUAUUGUUCACCUCGCCAUCCCUCAAGGCCCCCCCGCCCUUGUCUAUCACACCGCACCACCCACUUGGCUCUUGGUCACCCUAGGAC